UGGCUCGGCUAGUUUCUAGUUUCACGUACUUGAUUAGGUUAUCUCAGUUAUCUGACGUAUAUGUCAAGCUUCUCGUUUCUCGUCAACGAAAUUUAUUAUUUAAUCCGAGCGAGCAGGAGUCGUCUCUCGCUACGUUUCCAGGAGCGAUCUGUCCGCGGGAUCGAUUGACGCAUCGGUCAAACAUGCGGUGGUAGUGAUGCGUUUAAAGGGGAAAAAUAACACAAAAUCGUUCCACGGCGUCUACAGGGUGCUUUCUCGUUUAUGCCGAUCUGUGGAUAAAGCACAUCUUGAUGGUUUCAUGGCGGAUGGUGUGGCACCUACCCUGAAAAAUGGCCACACGUCUAAUAUGGACUUUGCUACGCAACCGGUGAAGCAAUCAUCCGAUGUGUCCAGCGUCGUAUACGCGGUGGGUCACUAUCCCCCAAAGCUUCUACGCAAUCUCAAUGCGCAGAGGCGGGAGAACAAGUUCAGCGAUGUGGGAUUGGUGGCGGGUAAUAGGAUCAUCAGGGCGCACAGAUCGGUCCUUGCCGCCGGUAGCGCCUACUUCAAUGCCAUGUUCACCGUCGGCCUGGUCGAGGAGCAACAGGAGCUCGUGGAGAUCCACUCAAUCUCCCCUCACAUUCUCUCUCAGUUGGUGGAUUUCAUCUACAGCGGCAACGUAGACAUCACGCAGGAUAAUGUGCAGGAGUUAUUCGCUGCCGCUGAUAUGCUAGAGUUGGACGAUGUAGUAGCUGGCUGCAUCAAUUAUCUCAAACAGCAGCUGCACUAUUCUAAUGCCCUUGGAAUUUACAGAUUUGCAGAAGUACACAACAGACUGGAUCUUUUGGAGACUGCCCUACGCUUUAUAGAAGCCAAUUUUCCACAAGUCUGUCAGGAGGAAGAAUUUCUGGAUUUGCCCAAGGAGCAUCUUGUUCAGUUUCUUAGUAGCGAUUACAUUCACAUCGAUACAGAAUGCCAGGUCUUCCAGGCCGCGUACAAUUGGAUCGUUUACGACAUCCCCGCGCGGAGAUGCUACGUAUUCGAGAUCCUCAGCCACGUACGCUUGCGACUGUGUUCAUUAGCAAAGCUAGAGCGAAUUAUCCUAGAGUGCAAGGACGCGAGUCUCAUCGUCGCGCUGCGAUCUAUACAAAAGGAUCUAGUCUCGAACAAAGGUUGCCUGGUGCCUCUUCACGCCCAGCCCCGGAUCUGCGCCAGGAAGAACAUUUUGGUGAUCGGCGGAUCCAAACGGGAACACUCCUCGGACAGCUGGGGCAGAACCGCCGAGAGUACUUACGAAACCAUCGAGAAAUACGACAUAUUCACCGGAGAAUGGAGCGAAGUCGCUCCAAUCAGCAUAGGACGCAUUCUACCUGGAGUGGCUCUGUUGGACGGUAAGGUAUACGUUAUCGGCGGUGAGCUGGAAUCCUGUAUAAUCGCUAACUGCGAGUGCUACGAUCCUCGUGACAACAUAUGGACCCCCAUCGCUUGUAUGGAAGAACCCAGAUGCGAUUUCGGUCUUUGUGCCUUGGAUAACAGCUUGUAUGCGUUCGGCGGAUGGGUGGGCGAGGAUAUUGGCGGCUCUAUCGAGAUAUACGAUCCGAUCACCAAUACAUGGACUCUCGAAGGCUACCUUCCGGAGCCACGAUUCAGUAUGGGAGUCGUGGCAUACGAAGGACUAAUUUACAUCGUGGGUGGCUGUACCCAUAAUAGUCGGCACCGUCAGGAUGUGAUGAGCUACAAUCCCGUGACCAGAGAAUGGACGUAUCUGGCCCCGAUGAUCACACCGCGCUCGCAAAUGGGAAUCACGAUUCUCGACGGAUACUUGUACGUCGUUGGCGGCACCAGUAAAAAUCAGGAGGUCUUGACAUCGGUCGAAAGAUACUCUUUCGAGAAGAACAAAUGGAGCAUCGUCGCUCCCAUGAGCAUGGGCAGAUUUUAUCCGGCAGUUGCGGCGGCCGACAGUCGGCUGUACGUCAUAGGCGGCGACCAGUCGCAGGAGAUCAAUUUCUACCGCACACAGAUCACAAUCUCCACCGUCGAGUGUUACGACCCGCACACGAACAAGUGGCACGAGUGCGCCUCUUUGCCGUCGAGCAGAGGCGAAGCGACGGCGAUCGUUACGCCCUUCUGAUUGCUGUUUUGCAGAGAUCUGUUUGUCGUUUGACGUUCACGCCUUUUUACUUUUCCAACUUGUUUUUCUUUUUUCUGCUUUGCCUUGUUCAUUUUUAUUAAGAGCCGUGUAUCCGUAAGGUAGAUAGUCAGUUGCGUUGUUAAAGGACGUGUAGAUUUAUUACGUUCUGAAUAUUCCACCGGCAUUUUUAAAAUACUUGUAUAGGGAAACGCUAUAUACUUUGAGAACUUUUAUCUUACUGGAGAAGAUUAUUAUUAUUAUUAUUUCUUAUAGAUAUACGGCGUACGCACUAUUGAUAGGACGUACCUAGGUUGAAAAACCUAGGACGGCAAGAUGUAACGAACACGAGUUUUAAUGUAUCUAGGUUUUAAACGGCUAAGAUCUAGGAAACUCGAUAUAUAAGGAUCCAAUUUUAUAAUUGGAUAAAGAGCUUCAAUUUGAGGAUUUUUAAUAUUAAUUAUCUUUAAUUCCAAUUCUGAAUUCGAGUCAUGUAGAAUGUGAAGAAUUUACAAUCUGACGUGAGGAGCCAAGUCUAAAAUAUAAUUCAAUUAAAGUCCUAAGGAUCUUUUAAUUAAGUGAAAAUUUUGAAGCUUGUGAAAAAUCUACGAUAUAUAUAUAUAUAUAU